AUGCAGCCGGAAAUACUUCAUCUGGAGACAUAUCGACCGAUGGGGCUCUUGAAUUGGCUGGGCUAUAUUCCUGGCCGCCACAAGAUGAGCAAGACUUUGAACAACCGCCCUGAGUCUAGUGACUUGUUCGGUAAUCACAAUGGCUGGCAAUCGAAUACAGAAUUUACAUUCCGCGUGCCCCAGACAUUCAUUUCGGACUCCCAGCCUCAAGCACAACAGACCCCACCGAACCCGUAUAACAAUUACGACAGCAGUACCUCCCGACCUUCCGGGCGGCAGGAUGCUGCAAGAUUCACAGGAUUGUAUGGACGUCCCAAGCUUAGGACACUGAUUGCCAAGGAUCCUUGGCCGCCGCAGGUGAUGAUCUCACCCGAGACCCGGACAGUAUCUGUUUUCAUGGACCCCCGUGCGAAUGCGACAGAGAAUCUUCAUAGAAGACCUAAGCACCAUCCGAAGAAGCCCCCCAAAAAACAGCCCCCGAGCGCGUGGAUGAUGUAUCGAAGCGCGGAAGGCAAACAAGAGCGAUAUCGUGGCCAGCAACAAGUGAAUGUCGUAAAAUCUCUUGCCGGGUCAUGGCGUGCUCUUCAAGACGACGAGCGCAAAGAAUGGGAGAAGCAAGCCCGCGAAGCUCGCGAAAGGUUCCGCCAGGAACGUCUCCAGAAUCACGCCCAUUCGGAAAGGCGUACACCUACGCAGAUCAGCACCCCUUCGAGCACUAGGAACGCGGAAACCGUUUCUGAGGUUGUCCAAGAACCGGAAGUGCCAUGGGCGUCCGUCAUACAAGACCUCUUCGAGACAAAUCCCGGUCAAGAUUCUAACAGGAAUCCUUUCACUGACUGGUUCGGCUAG